AUGAAUUCGAUGUACGACCACCAAGUACCGUCCACAUCGAACGGAUCAAACUUAUUGACUCCUCCGAAUAUGAUGCCUCAUCCAUCACCAUUUCGAGUUGCUAAUGCUGGUCCAGUCCAAAAAGUUCGAGAUAGCUGUGGAAUAAGAAAUCCUACAUAUUUUAAUCAAUGGAUGACUGAAAACCCAGCUAUGUGUGGAAAUUAUAGACAUGAUGGAAGCCGACCUGGAAGUACAGCUGGCAGUAUAGCUGGUUCUGUAGCAACGGGGCUUUCUGGAAACAUGUCAGAGAUGUCAAUAGGCCAAAUGAGUUCUCUAACAGUAGACACACAAGUUACAGCAGUUGCAUAUUCUUAUCCGCAACCGCCUGUGAUGCCUACUUCUUCAUCUAGUAUUGAGAAUUAUGAUUUCUCGCAGCUGUACUCUGAAAUAGAUCAGAACGUUGAUCAUGUACUUAGAGCAUUUUCAAUGAGAAACUCUAUUUAUCGAAGAAAAGCUACAAACUCUGUGAUGGAUAUGGCAAAUCGGAAAUAUUUAACCUAUGUACAACCGAAAAAAAUGAAAAGACUCUUGAGUGCAAUGUUUGAUGUCAUCGUAGAUAAGGAUGCUGAGCCUGAAACAGUUGCUCAUUUGCUCAAAAUAAUAUGUUUAAUCCAUGCGGAACCUAUGAUUGAAGAACUAAUGACAGAGCAGAAAGGGCGACCUUUACUGGCUGCAUGGUCGAGAAUUCAUGCUAAUAUGCCAUAUACUCAAAACGCUUUAACAGCUGUGUGGUUAAUGCUUUGUCACAAAAAUACGAGACGAAGACGAUAUGUUAGAUCUAAGGAAUCAAUUAACCAACUGAUGCAAAUAGCUUUGAUUGACGACAUGAAUUAUACUGUGAAAGCUCUUGCCAUCGGCAGUACACGAUUGUUGCUCUCCAAAUACCCCAUUAUGAAAGAACAUUUCAAUCAGCAUAUUGGCAUGUAUCGAAUUCUGCCUUUCUUGGACAUGGGGAUGGAUGAAAAAGUUAUAGCCGAGACUGCGAAACUUUGUCUAUCUUUAAUAUGUUCUUCAUCCAAAGAGUAUGCGAUGUCUUUCUUGAAUUAUGGUGGUGUAGAGAGAACCACAAACUUGUUGUCUCAUGGAUCACCUCGUGUGCUUACCGAUUGUUUACAUUGUUUGUCAGCCGUUAGUGACCUACCGGAGAUGCGUAUGCUCGAUCUAGCUCCCACCAUAUUAGCUGUGAUUCGUUUGUUUGGCUCGGAAGAUCCUCGUACUGCACAGUAUGGUACUGCGUUCAUCUUGAACGUCUCUGCUCUUUCUUCAUCUCAUAAAAAAUUUAUAACAGAGGCCAGAGGUCCUGCUUUAAUAAUGUCUGUGUUGUCAAUGGUUAGGGAGUAUAUUAAAUAUCCUCUACCUACCAUAAGACAGAUUGUUGACUCAAUUUUAGUCAAUGCUUUCGGCUGCCUGGCCAACCUUACCUUAGGUGGGCCAGGUGAUGAAGAAUGGCUGAUACAAGCUAGGCAGCAGGUGUCUCAACAUGAUCCUAGAUUCCUAUUAAAUACAUUAGCAAAUCGAAAUGUAGUAGAGCUUCGAGCAAAAAUUUUAUUAAUAUUAGAGCGGGUAUUUACUUCUGUUCCCGAAUAUAUGAAAUUAUUCAUUGAUCUUCGAGAUGACUGUCAUCAACAAACAUUAUCGACGAUAGUAAUGCAAUUAGUUUUUGAUCUUCUGAAUCGAUAUCCACAGUUUAUGAAUGCUUCUCCCAAUGAAAAGAAGCAGAUCAACGAUCUCGUUCGUCGUGGAAUGAAAUUGUUGUGCGUUUUAGCUAGUUACCCUGAUAUAGCUCAAGCAAUAGGCAGCACUCUCCAACAAGAGCGAUUAAACCCUCUUCAAUAUUUAAGAAUAAUCAGAGACUUCAACGAUGAAGUCACAAACUUGUUACGUUGUUGCAUGCUCCGUUUCAUUGAUGAAUUAACAUCAGCUGAUGAUCGGAAACGGUUAUUAUUUAAUUGGCUUCAUGAUGAUGUUGAGUGUGCCAAGAUUGUACAUCAUGCUACUGCUGUACAUGGAACUGAAAUCAGAAAAUAUGCUGUUAAUUUGCUCAAUAGAUAUGAAUCUUUUUUCAACCCCAUGGAACCAAUACCAAAUAACUUGAAUUACGCUCAAGCCAUGCAUCCAGAGUACUUAUAA